UAAUGAAAGAAGAAAGGCACUUCAUUUACUCCAAGUUCUAUCUUGAUUUGUGUUUAUGUACUAGGAAUUAGUCCUUGCAUUUAGCUACUUUGUGAAUGUUAAAAUGAUAGUAGUAAUUUUUAUGAUUUGAGUUAAUUGAUUCAUAUCUCAUUAAAAGGGGUAGAAUCUGAGAUACUAAUGAUGUGUACAAACUGAUUUUAAGAAGCUUUAUAGAGCAGCUGUUAAAUGACUUAAAUCUGUUUCUUGAUUUGAAAAUGAAUGUUUUAGGCUAAUUUAGUCGAUUUUGCAGCAUUUUGAAUCAUUUUGUUGAAAAAUAAGAGGAAUGGUUGUGGAAAUGCAAUAUCAAACAGUGAGUUUUUGACAGUUAUGCUUAACAGCUUCGCCUUUGAUCCGCAGGAUCAAACUCCCAGUGCUAGUCAGGACGCUUCCGGAGGUGUUAGCUCUCAGUCCACGGCCAAUCAAGCUAAUAGAAACUCCUAUGCACCUAAGGUGAGAAAACCCUAUACCAUCACGAAACAACGAGAGAGGUGGACUGAGGAGGAGCACCAGAGGUUUGUCGAAGCUCUCAAGCUCUAUGGCCGUGCUUGGCGCCAAAUAGAAGAGCACGUGGGGAGCAAGACGACCAUCCAAAUCCGGAGUCAUGCCCAAAAGUUCUUCGCCAAGGUCACAAGGGAUUCAUCUGUUGAUGCUGAGGGAACCUCGGAUCAUAUUGCAAUCCCUCCUCCUCGGCCAAAAAAGAAGCCUUUGCACCCUUAUCCUCGUAAAAAUGUUGACCGAGCUAGUACAGAAGUGCCGGCCUCACAUCAACGAGAAGUAACGAAUGAUGAUGUUUUUGUUGCUAAAAGAGAGAACUACUCUCCUAAUUCAGUUCUCUCAGCAAUUGGCUCUGACAUCUUAGAGUCCUCCUCGGUUGCUGAUGUGCACAAAUCUCGACUCUCCCCUGCUUCGUGUGCUACGGAUGCUUUUUCUGACAAUGAAGAAGAGCAUGGCUUCCGUUUACCAUUGAAAUCCCCUGUGAAGUUUGAACUGUUUCCGAAGGAGACAGAUUCUACUUUGGAUUCUCCAUACACCACCGAGGCUCACACGAGCAUCAAGCUCUUUGGAAAGACCUUUGUGGUAAGAGACACUACAAAACAGCCUAAUGAGGAGUCCGAGAGCUGUAGUGACAACGCUGUUAAUGCAACCCCGCCUCGUUGUAACGUGGAUAACAUGUUUUCCCUGCCUUGGUAUGCUUGGUACACUCAUCCGGUAUACACUUGCCCGUUGGCUCUUGAAAAAACGAACCAAACAGAGGAUUCUUUGGUUGGUAUGAACAGUGGAUCAACGGGCGGGUUGAAUGGUGAUGGCCGGAAUAUUGAUGUUGUCGAGUCCUCAAGCCCUCAAUCCUGGAAAGGUUUUGUUCCGUAUAAGCGGUGUUUGGCAGAAAGGGACGAUCAAUCGUCCAUGUCUCUUCGGGAGGGGCGAAGGGCGCGCGUGUGCUCAUAGCAUUGGCGAAGUUUAGGUAUAGCCUCGUCUCGUUUAACUCUUUAACCCGCGUCCAUAACCGAACCGUAAACGUUGAUAUGAAUAUGAUGAUGCUGAGCGGAACAGGACUUUAUCAAGCUAUUUCCUUUUCGAGUUGUGUUUUCAGAUUCUGUUGUUUUCAUUUUUAUUUUACGGGUAAAUGAAUAUAAAUUUAAAUGCCGAAUUCUCUACCACAGCUUACACGCUGUUGUUUUCAUUUUUGUAAUAUGAUACUGAGGAUUUUGCUGCAAAGGCAGUUUUUUUUUUGUUUAUUUGUAAUGAUUUUAUCAAUAAAAGGGAUGGUUACUGAUUUAA